AUGUAUCCAUCGGCUGAUCAAAGUCCGCUUUGGCCACCGACAAGUUCUUUGGGCAAGCGGUCGCAUCAGGAAUCUGAAGAGGGUCCACCGAUCUACACCGCGCCGCCACCCCAAUAUGCUACUUCGUUGAACGGCGAUUUCUUCAAACGUGAAAGCUGGGUAAAUAUAACAGAAGUUUCGGCCAAAGGCCCUCCGAAUUCCGCGCCAGCGCCCCCACGGAUUGAGUCCUUUACGACCGGGGAAAUUAUUGAAGCACCGCACAUAAUUGUUGACGUUCCGGUAAAAGGGGCGCAAUCGGAACCUGUUGCGGCCGUUCAGCCCUCGGUGGCCGAUAUGUGCAGCUACAUGCGAAGCUGCAGCCAUCCACGGAUCUCUGAUGCCAGCAACUACGAACGAAUGCAGAAGAUUGGCCAUGGAACCUAUGGCGAGGUCUACAAGGCACGUUGCAAAAAGACGAGCCGGAUCGUGGCGCUCAAGAAGAACGUUUUUAAUAGCUGCGAAACACAAGGCUAUCCGAGUACGGCUAUCGUGGAGAUCGAGAUACUGCAGCAACUCAAACAUGAGCACAUUAUCGAGUUGAUUGAGAUAUGCUCGGAAAAGUCUUCUAAGAAUACGUCGCCCGUAUUCUACAUGGUAUUCGCCUUCUGUCAUUACGACCUCUCCGGACUGCUUGGCAAUACCAACGUCAAGUUGAAGCCCGUACACCAAAAGACGUUGAUGAAGCACCUUUUCCUGGGCCUCUUUCACUUGCACAAAUGCCGGAUCAUGCAUCGCGACAUCAAAUCUGCCAAUCUGCUGAUUACCGGAAAUGGCAUCCUGAAAUUGGCGGAUUUCGGGCUUGCACGCGCGCAUCAUGUCGCUGAGGAUGAGGCCGACAAGGUACCCUAUACGCCGACAGUCAUCACUCUUUGGUACCGUCCGCCCGAGUUGCUGCUGGGUGAAAAGUUCUACGACACGGCGAUCGACAUGUGGGGCGCUGGAUGCGUGAUGGCAGAGUUGUGGACGCGGACUCCGAUCCUGCAGAACGACACUGAACAGAGCCAGAUUCAAGCUAUCACAAAGCUCUGCGGCGCGAUCACCCCGAAGAACUGGCCGGAUUGUGCUCGUCUGCCCCUUUACGACAAAUUCGAUCUUGACACGACCGCAAAGCGCCAUGUUUGCUCGCGUUUGUCUCCGAUACUUCAGAAUAAUGAAGCCGUGGCUUUGCUGGACCAGCUCUUGGUGCUCGACCCGAAGCAACGUAUGACCGCCGAGGGGUGCCUCGAGUCCGACUUCUUCUACACUAAACCAUUUGCCGCCGAAGAUGUCCACGAUUUGUUAAAGGGACUCGAUGGCGACAUGUUCGACUACCGGGCCCGUGCCGCCUUUCGAAAUCAGCCGCCACCCGUUCGAACCGAGGAGAGAAGCACGGCCGGCUACAAGGAGCUAGUUUUC